AUGUCUUCCGUGUUGCUACUGCUUCUAGUGUUCGUGUUUGAUCUCAUAGCUUUUGGUCUUGCCGUCGCUGCAGAACAGCGAAGAACCACCGUCAGUCUCUCCCUCUCUGUUGUAUUUACUUCUUCUCUCAUUCAGUCAUCAACUGUGAUUGCUCCAACAUUUCUCUGGCAAGUUGUUAGAGAAUCAAGAGAUUCAAGCUACUGUGUGUAUGAAAAAGAUAUCGCCACGGGUCUUGGAAUCGGUUCUUUCCUGGUCUUAUUGGCGAGUCAGCUCUUCAUAAUGGUGGCGAGCCGAUGUUUGUGCUGUGGAAGAGCCUUGACACCAAGUAGGUCUAGAUCCUGGGCUAUUGUUCUCUUCAUCACCACCUGGGUCUUCUUCUUCAUAGCAGAGGUGUGUUUGCUUGCGGGCUCCGUGCGAAACGCUUACCACACAAAGUACCGUGUCUACUUUGGAAACACUGCUCCUUCUUGUCGAUCGCUGAGGAAAGGAGUCUUUGGAGCUGGAGCUGCAUUCGUAGUACUCACAGGGAUUGUCUCGGAGCUUUACUACGUCACCCUUUCGAGGGCCAAAGACUUUGGGGCUCCUAGAGACCCCGGUAUACGAAUGAAUAGCCUGUAG